AUGUCAGUAACUGUGAUAAUUAAUCUUGGAAAUGGCUUAUUUCUGCAGAAUCCAGAAGAAGACUUGGCCGAGUUGUAUCGGUUAUCAGCAGACCUGGAGCCUAAGCUUGAUGGUGGUCAAGCUUGGAGUGUCCUUUCUGACCAAUUAUCUUCUCUGAAUGAACGUGUCUGUCAGCUUCGACGUCGGGGCCAAAGUUCAGACACGAAACAAAUGAAAGCCCACGAGGAAGAAAACUCUUGUGAAAAUGCAUGGAAAGAAGUGAAGUCUGAAACUUUCAGUACAACUCGAGAAACUACUGCCGACGUCGUGUCUACAUCAGGAGCAGAAGAAGUACCACUGGUAGAAGAGAAAGUAUCGGAGGAGAAGACGAACCAAGGUUGUUUUUGGAGAAGAGUAAUUCGAUUUGCAAUCCCGUUUCAGUUGGCCGUGGUUGCACUUUGUUGUGUAGCUUGUUUAAUGGAGCCUCAUUGUUGUGAUUACGUAAACAAUUUGAACUUUUCCUUUGCUCCCCAGCUACGAUACAUUGGUGGUCGGCCUCCGGUUUGAGAUUAUCAGCCCCAGGUUUCUUUGGAUGAAAUAGGUGAAGUUGAUACCGAAUGACUGCUAACUCUCUUAUUAAGACAAUUCUAGGAGAGAAUGAGCUUUGGGGUGGAGAUUAUCCGAGAACUUUUCAACACAGUUACUUUUGUGCUGGGAUUGGUAAACAUGAUGUAUUUGUACAUGGAGGUACCUCUACGAUGUAUAUAGCAGGUUAUUUUUUUUUUCUGAGAUCAUGUUAAUAAAUUUCUUGAACUAGCAAA